GACUUUCAAGAUGGCAAGCAUGAUGGCGAGUGGACGGAAGGUCGGCCUUGCUAUUCCAGUUUUGGCAAGUAUCUACAAUGGCUUGAAUAAGAUUUCAUUUUCCUCGCAACUUGAUCAAAUUAAAGUUUGCUUUCCUAUUCAUUAUGUUUAUGGCUGGCUUGCCCAUUAUUUUAAAACUCAUUAUCCACUUACCCAUGGACCAUUUAUUCCCAAGAUGGUGGCCUACUCAGGGGAAGGUGGUGCAAAGUAUUUUGAAAAAAGUGACGCGAGAAGACGCAGUCAUAUUGGGGAAAGCGCGAUUUGGACAUCAACCAUGCUAAAUAAUUCUCAUCCUUACUAUUAUGUAGAUGGUGGUAGAGCGCCAGAGCUGGAUUCAAGUUAUUUUAUGAAUAUCCGUUUUAACUAUCUCCCUCUGAGGUGCGAUAAUUCAUUCAUCAUUGAGCCAUAUAGUCCACAUCGCUUCAGUCGUCAAUUUGGGUUUUAUCAAAACAAGCCUGGUAUUUUGGGGAAUGAUGUCCGCGAUGUAUCUUUAGAUGAAGGGCUCAUGUUUUGGAGGAUUUGCACGAUGGAUCGAUCUAUGUCACGAGCAGUUUUUCCUUCAAUCACUUCCAAUGUAAAGAAACUCUCUUCAGCUGACUACCAGACCUGGUGGAAGAAGACGCACGGGGAUUUCCUUGACAAACACCUGCAGACUUUAAUGAAUAUUGUUGGGCCAAUCGCUACCGCACUCUUGGAAGAAUCAGAUGAAGUAUGCGCAAAUGAAGUCCCCAAUACUAACAUCCCUUGUGCUUCAAAUGCUAAGUUGUCUGGGCAGCACCAAGGAAAGGAAGCUCAAUUGCCUUCAAAUGUUUUAGGAGAAGAGUGCCCUGCUCAAGUCGUCUAUUCUUCCAAAAGACUAUCCCAAGAAAGGAGCGAGAGUAGCAAUGGAGAUCGUAACUUUAAGAGAGUGAAAGCACGUCCAAGCAGCUUGGAAGAUACUAAAACUCCUGUGGUUGAAAUAUCUGACAGCAUUGGUAGCCCUUCGAAGACUAUAACAGCUCCCAUUAAAGAGCCAAGUGGUCUCAGAGUAUUGCAACGAGAAGGGUCACAAGAUAGUACUGAGUCUGUAUCUGGUCCGGACUUAAUGCAACCACUUUUUACAGCCAGAGUAGGAAAAGAUUCAACCUCCCUUCCUCGUGAUGAAGUUAGAGAAAGAUUGAGUUCUGAUAUACACAAGCGUCCAGCAGCUUCGGUGUCCGUGUUCGAUGGAAAGAAGGUUGUCCUAAACCAUCGAAAGAAGUUUAUCUCUACUCUUUGGGAUGUGAUUCAAGGUAAGCUCUCGAGAAGUGAUGUAGAUUGCGCUUCGUCCCUUGAAGAUGAGAUCCGAGUGAUCCUCGAAGAGAUGGAUGGCAAGGAUGUGGAUGUUUCACCUUUGAUAAAAUUAUUGAACUCCUUCUUUGAGUUUGCUGCUUCAUAUGACCAGACACGAUCAACUCUGCAUGAUAAGGAUGUGGAAGCCGCAAGAAAAGAGUCGUUUAUAGCAGCUGGAGAGCGUCUUUCGAAUGCCAUGCUCGAAGAGUACAAAAAGGUUGCAGAAGUAUCCUCUAUCCAUCAAUCCCUAGAUAAGGUGAAGGAGAAGAUAGAGAAGCUGCGAAAAAAGGAGAGACAUUUAGAAGCCCUCUUAGAAGUCACCGAUAAAGAAGUUGAAGAAGCCAAAUUAGGAGCCUCGACUGCUAGCAAUGAGUUCGAUGCAUGCUUUGACGUAGACUUAUCGAGUGCUGACGACUUGAUUGAUUUGGAGCAGAAGAAGGAGCGUCUAGAAGCGAUGCGCCAAGACUUAAUCAAUUAUAAAUUGUGUUUAGAUUAGUCUAUAGGAACAUUUUUUUUUCUUGCUCUCCUUUUAUUUUCCUGCCUUUAAUUAGUUGAUGUUCUCGAUAGUAAUAAAAGCUUCUUGCGUUUUGGUUUA